AUGGCCACCUUCAAAGCCCUCAACCUAGAAUCCGACGAUGAAGAAGACAUCGAGAUCGACGACACCAAGGAAAUCCAGAUCGAAGAAGCCCUCAAGCUAUACCAGACUGCCCUGAAGUUCCACUCGGACGGNCCCCCUUCCUAUGUACAAGCCGCCGAAGCAUAUCGCGCCCUAUUCGAAUCCGACAUCUUUAAAUAUCCUGAGUCACAACAAGAACUGAACCGUCUGGAACUUUAUGGUCCACAACCAGAGGCAGACGAUUAUUUCGAUCACCACCAAGAACACGUUGUACCGACUGGAGAAAAUGCGCCCAGCACGCUGCCUCAAAUCAUCCAUCUCGCAUACAAGAACCACGGCCAGUUCUUGCUGGAGUCUCUACAAUACGAACUGCUGCACUCGACCCAAGAUGCUCAGCUCAACACCAAACACAUCCUCAAGGCGUCUGCCGCUGCUCUCGAAUGCUUCGUCGAGGCCAUAGACAAGGAUGACACGGAUCUGGACUUGUGGAGACGUUCUGCCGCUGUUGGAGAAAUGCUGAGCAGCCAUCGCAUUGCUCGCUUCUGCCUCGAGGCCGUAUUGGACGACGACGCCCAAGGUCUGGACUCUGUCCUAUCUAUACCUGGCAUCUCAGAAACACUGGCUGGUCAGCAGCUCCGAGACCUUGUCGCCAAACUGCAAGACGAACUAUCCGUACUGCAAGCUCCAUUGUCAACCAUGAAGCGUCGCCAAUUGUCUAGCAUGCUUAAGCAGAAGCUGGCCAACUAUUCAGUCAUCCACAACUACCAGACGGAACAUCCUGCACUGGCCGUUUCGUCACAUCAAGCCCUCCGUUGUGUGCUCAGCUCGCCCAAGUCGUGGCAUGAUCUGGGCGACAUCCUCCUGCGCCACUAUCUCGCUGAGCAGGCAGGCACCACAUCAGCUCUACCUGGCCUCGGUAUCUCGUUCAACGCCGAUCGUCAGUCUCCGGAUAUCGAGCUUAUUGAGCCUGAUCAGCCAUCACCUCGUCAAACCUCGGUCCAACCACCCGAGAUGUCUUCGUUGGUUGAAGCCCAGUUUCCUGGUACCGAUGGGGGUCAGCCAAAUUCCCCCCCACCUGCUUUCAAAGACUCUGAGGAAACAGAGAAUGUUCCUCAAGCUCCAUCCGUGACAGUUCUGCCGACUCGCAAACGUUCAAGCGACGCUGCUGGCUUAAUUGACAGCAACUCUGCUGAGGGUGCACGAUCAAAAAGCAAGCGGCUGCGUGCCAGAGAGUCGAUCGUCGAUCAGAGCCAGCUAGAAGACGACACCAUGAUGGACCCUGUCCAAGCUGAUGAUGCUUUGGCAGAUCUGGACUAUGUCGACAAUCAAUUAUUCGAAUCACUCGACGAGCUGUUCGAGAAGGUUCAACUGCCAAAGUUUGCAGUUUCUCCCAAUGCUCGUAAAGAUUUACGCGAAGCUACAACUAACACGGAUGUGACACUCCAAGGUGUGGAUCUUGCCUGUGUGGACAUGUACACCUUCCUCAACGACUACUCGGACGAACGAGCACGGGUCUUGCUCAACGCUAACAGCGACCUUGACACAACUUCCGAUGCUCAUGUCAAGCCGAGUGGUCGAUUCUCUGCCGCCCCUAAUACUCAGUCCCGUACCGCCGACAAGCCCGAUCUUGACCUUCAUGCUGAGCUUGAUCGUUUCACUUCUCAGACUAACUCAGACUUCCUUCAUAUCAACGAUGUACUUUACGAAUGGGUCGUACAGUUUCUACAUCCUGACCAUGGCAUGCUAGUACGCCCAGGAUUGUCCACCAAUACCUCUAGCUACAUCGGCCACACAUGGCCGCAAGAUUUCAAGUCGCUUCUGGUUCGUGUCCUCGUCACGAUGGAUGCUUUCAUCUUUGAGACACUGUCUGACUUUGUCCUGAAGUGGGAUAAGGUCCUGCUUUCAGAUCCGAAGACUGAACAGUCAGAUGAUGCCCUUUCAUUCAUCGAGGUCAUUCAAACGCUCUUCGAGCUACAUGUGGACGUCUACUCAUUGGUCAAGGAACCGAACAGUGGCGUCGAUGCCGACACUGUAGACCUGCAAGAUGACCGUGCCGAGCGAUGGGGCAACCUUGCACGCGAUGCAAUGAAUCUGCGUACUAGCCUACUACGGACACCGAGCUUGAAAGACCAGCUCAACUUGCGCUACUUGUGGACUGUCACUCAUCAUAUCAGUGUGUCAAACAAUAUCUCUCAGGAGCAAGUCAUUGCUUGUUGGUCCGAACUGAGAUUGAUCUUCGAGGCUGUCGGAGAAGUCGUGAUUGAUCUUCCCAACAACUCCGUCAUGCCGCAGAUGUCGGUCGAAGCUAUCGAUAGAGAACUCUCUAGGCUCACGACACAGGACUUCUUCACCAAGGUUUUCGAUCCUACACAAAAUGACCCUACCGUGGUUAUUGAAGGCCUCGAACCUCUUCUAGAGACUUUGCACCACGACACGCAUAGUGACAACAUGCCCAGCUCUGAUAAAGGUGUCGAACCUGCAAAUUCUGCCUCGACCCCAUCUGAACUCUUGAACUUCCUGAAGAACAGCAAUAUCGGCAUGCAAGUCUCNCUCUGGCAAAGACUGCGUGAGGCAUACGAAACGAUCGACUACCAACCCAUGGUCGUCUGUUGUUACUUCCGUGUCAUUGAACUUCUUCUUUCGGACCUCAAGUCAUCUUCUUACGCUGACAAAUCUGUCAACGAGCGUCAGACUGUGCUCCUGAAGUACAUGCGUCUUAUUAACGACCUUGUCGGCAAGAUCAGUGCCUCGAUCAUCUCCCAUUCUGAUGCUCUGGAUUGUAUGGAUGACGAACGACUUCAGAACACGACAGGCUGCUUGAUAAAUCUGCAGAAAGUGUUACAUGCUUCGACAAUGCUACAAGACGAGAUUAAGGUUGGAGCAAAGCAGACACCAUCUUCUAGCAAUGGCGCACCGCUCAAGUCGUUCACCACUGUCACAAAGGUCCUCCAGGAGAUGCAGUUACAAUCUUGGACUUUGAUGUACAAGUUCUAUCGGGAAAGCAUAGCUCAGAACAGUGAGAAGGUCGAAAAACCGAAUGAGUCCUUGUUCGAGUAUCUAAGAGCUGUUCACCAAGUGCUGGGAGCUCGAAGCAUAUGCGGCGGAUCAGAACGAGUUUUCCUCAAACUCGCAAAGUCAGAAGUGCUCCGCUUCCGGAAUGAGUCAGAAGAGCAAAACGAUGACUUUGACCUCGAGUUUGCUCAAAUUCUCUAUGACAUGUUUGGCCUCAAAUGUUUCCUCAACCCGAGUUAUGCGCUUAGGGAGCACAAUUGCGUUCAUGAUGCUUUUGUUGACAAGACAUCGGGCAUGCAAGCUGUCGAUCUGUUACUCAACUUGGCUUCUAGAAUCAAGAUGACGGAGCUACCGAAACAUCCUCUCAAAGACACGAUCGAGAAGGUACAUGGCAUCAUUGGGCGCAAGAAACCAUCAGAGGCAAUUCUCCGCAAUCGCGAUGUCUACAGAGGCUUCCUCAAGUCACAUAUCAACCCUGUCGAUUUGUACAAAUGCUUGAGGGAGNNGGGGGAGCUUGCUCUGGCGCCAGUACCUGCUGAGCACGCCAUCUUAGCGGCCAAAGGCUGGUAUUUCCUGAUGGGCCAUAUCUCACUGAGCAAGUUCAGAGCUCAGAAACGCAUUGGCCCCACUGCGACUGAGGAUCUUAACAUUGCCGUAGCAUUUUUCAUGCAAGCUCUUGAAUACAGUAUGGAUGACUGGGAGCUGUGGUUCCGUUUAGCUCAAGCAUACGACUCUAAAAUCGAAGAAGCUGUCUCGUGGACUGCCGAGAAGCUCAACGGCGAUAUGACAGAGCUGAUCGCAUGGCAACGAGCUGCUAUUCACUGCUAUACCAUGGCUGUUGCAUUAGCAAUGCGCUUUGCUGAACCAAGCGCAGACACCCAAGCAAAGUUUGGUGAAAUGUAUGCCGACUUCGCAAUGAGGAUCUACUCUUCAUCCAGNGAGCCGUUCGGCAUGAAGGCUUUUGCGGUUGAUGAUCUUGAAAGAUUCCUCAGUCGGGCAACCAUCACGAAAGUGCCUCCUUUCAAGGCCUUGACUCCUUUCUCUGCCUUCAAGCUUGCUAGAGAGCUAAUUCGUCGUGCUAUUCGCAUUAACCCCAACAAGUGGAAGCUACACUUUUAUCUCGGCAAAUGUCUUUGGAAGAUGUACUGCAACGCUCCAAAGGAAACUGAACGACCGAGUAUCGAUGCCAUUAUCAACGAAUUCUGCGAGUCUAUCAACUUGUUACCACGAAAGAAGGAUUCGAAGCGCGAGCCGAUCCUGGAACCUCACUACAAGCUCGUCACUGUGGUGCACAAGAUGGUGACAAGACGUUUCAUUGAUGCAGCUGAAGGUUGUAGUAUCCUCACUGCUACGCCGUAUGCUGUGAAAGUUGAUCCGGUCUCCAACUUUGACUCAUGGGAACCUUACAUCCUCAAGGUUCUCAAAAGUCUACGUGCAGCAGACAAGGUUCAUUGGCACCAUCGCAUGAUCUACAGAACAGCUGCCAUUCUUUUCCAUGAUGGUACCAAAGAGUCAUACUGCUUGGCAGCGAAACAUGAGCUUAUGCAGCAAAUGUUUACGAAGACCAUGAUGAUGAACGUUUGGAAGCCUGAGAACGAGCGCCCCGGUCGUCACUUUGUCUACACCACGCGGUACGCAGACAUGUUCAUCAAGAUUCUCGAGUUUUUGGAAGACCGUUCGUUGCUCGAUGCUCUUGCGCGUCGAGUCCGAAAGAAGACNGGGGAGUUCUUUGAGCAUGGCAAUCUCUGGCAGUAUCUUUGCACUGCCUAUCUCAAAGUACUCCGUCGUCAUGGCCAGAUUCCUGUCGCACAGGAAACCGCAAUCUUCAGUGGCAUCAACCAUGAGGACUUCCUCAGACGCAAAGAUUAUCUGGAGAAAUGGUGUCAAGAGCCUUCAAACGCUACUCACCCUGUGCUAGAAACUAUGCAAGAGGUUAUCGAACUCAAGAGGAUCAAUGGUGGUCUGAUGAAGGCGGCAUCCAUCGAUGACCUGAUUGGUGAUGCCUAUGCUUAUCUUUACGACACUGUCGGACGAAGGCUCUGGACUAUGGCAGAAGCCAAAGAUGAGGCUAGCAAGCAGGAGGCGAUUGCCAAGGAACAAGCCGCUACUCCCUCUGUGGAACGCAAUCCCAUGAUGAACCUGUCGCACCUCAUGAAUGUGGAUGGCGGACCCGAUGCAGCUGUGAAAACACCCGGUCUUUCUGCCGCCAGUUCGGUGCCUGAUGGUACUGCGACACCACCAACGGGAGAUCAAGCACCAGCUUCACGCCGCAAGAUUGGUGUGGGUAGACGUGAAGUUCGUCUGUGUGCUGACGCCUGUAUCGCCAAGAUCGGCGCUGGUCUUUCCACACCAGCAGGUAACGAACCUCCUCGACCCCGUCAAGAAGUCUCAGUCGUGAUAGAAACACGACGUCCUUCCUCAAAACUGGCUGAACAACAAGGUAUCAACACGGCAGAAGGCAGCGUCGCAGGUAGUAUCCACGAUUCCGCUGAUGACGAGAGCGAUAGCGAGCUCAGCGAUGUCGAUGAGAGUGUUGUCAACUCUGAAGGCCUGGCUUCGCUCGAGGCUCGUCGCCUUGGAAAGCCUCCCCCGACAUUACCUUCACUGUUCCCGAAUCUCCUUUCUCGCUUCUCUAGCGUCAAGGACAGCGAUAUGAUCACUGACACUGAAGAGGAACAUGAAGAUGGCGUCGAAGGUGCCGAGGAAGUCGAAGAUUAUGGCGGAGAGGGCGAUGAGGAAGAAGUCGAAGAUGAGGACGGUGAAGAGGGUGAACCCGAAGCCAACAAUACAGCCAAUUUCGAAGAAGGCGAACCCGGAGCAGAAGAAGCAGAGGAUGUGGACAUGGAAGAUGAAGACGAGGAGCGAGAUUCACUACCCUCGGCCGUUAUGGAAGCGCGCAUGGCGUAG